CAGAGGUAUGACUGUCCAUAUAGGGAAUGUUUCCGAGAACAGACGAUGGACGUUAUAAGCAGAAUAAAAAGUAUUUCGGAGAAAAGAGAGACACUAAAAGGACUACUAUUACUACUUUAGCAGAGAGUAAACUUGACAGACUGUUUUUAUUAUUGUGUGGAAGUUUUACUUAUUUCAACCAUGAAGACGUGUGGUAUCAUGGUUAUUGUACAGGUGUGAAGUUGACACACAUCACUCGUCAUGGACGUACCACUGGAAAUAAGGUUUUGACUGAAAAGUUGGAAUCAAUUAACAAAUGUUGGGAUGACUUGCAAUCACAAACACAAAGUUGAAGCUGGGUGUUGAAAGAUUCGUUCCAUGAUGGCUGAGAGCUCAUUUGUCCCAAUUCUCGAAAUAAGAGACGAGUUCGUGACCUGUGAGAUUUGCCUGGAUUAUUUCAACGAUGGAGAGAAAUGUCCGCGCAUUCUCCCGUGUCACCACUCGUUUUGUUGUCAGUGUCUCAUUUCUCUCUGGGAAAACUCACAACAAGGAGUGACGUGUCCGAACUGUCGACGGAUGUGGCCUGUUCAGAAUUCUAUCGAGGCGACAUUUCAACAAAACAAGGUACUCAGUAAUUUAGUUGAAUAUAUUGUGUUGAAAAACAGAAGAGGCGAGAUAAACUGUCACGACUGCCCCAAUGAUUCCACAGCAACGUCUCGCUGUAUUGACUGCCAGGAGUACAUGUGUGACGCAUGUACAUCAUACCACAACAAAUUCACAAUAUCAAAACACCACAAGACGGUUCUCAUAACAGAACUGGUGAAUAUGGCUCAAGAUGAGUAUUUCCAACAGAAGGAGAUGUGUACAAAUCACGAGAAUUUCAAGUUGGAGAUUUUCUGCAAGGAUUGCUCAACUGCCGUGUGUCCAAACUGUGCCCUUGUUUCCCAUAGAGACCACGAGAUUUGUAAUCUGAAAGAUGUUUAUAAUGAGAAAACAGAAUUAAUCAGAACUGGUUUGAAAGAUUUACAGACAUCAGAAGAAAAACUCAGAAUAUAUUCAGAAAGAUUAACAGGAGAUGUCCAAACACUUGCUGCGACAGAACAGAAUCUUUUGAGCGAUAUUGAUGAAUCAAGUAACAAAAUCAUUGCCAAAGUUAAGGAAAUAGCAACACAGCUAAAAGAAGAUGUUAUUUCAAAGGCAGCCCAAAAAAAAGAUCAGAGGAGCGAGCAGAUUGAAUUGAUUGCACAGUCUGAAGGUGUGAAGGCCGAGCAUAGUCUGCAUUGCCAACAGGCUUUGCAGUUCGCUCGACAAGUGGAAUUCAUUGAAAUAUGCCAGGUUCUUGAAAACGAAACGAAAAAUCUGGUGAAAACGCCGGAACUACCUGAACUGGAGAUAAAGAAAAUUAACGUGAAUCUGACGAUUUUUGAACAGAUUGAUAAACUAAUUCAGAAACCCGAGAUCGUGUGUGAACCAAUAACUGAAACCAUCUUCUUGUGCGACACGUCACAGUUCAGACCGUGUAUUGAACAUUCUAAAGCCAAGACGGAACAUGAAUCUGAUGUCAUCACUGUUACUUUUCUUCCAAAGAAAAAUAGACAUCAUGACCAUAAAACAGAGAUGGAAGUCGCCAUCCCAUCUCCUGUAGAAAUCAGUCAGAAUGUGGAAGGAAGCUUGAAGACUUCUACUGCUAUUGCUGGUGGUCUCCAGUACAAAUCUGAUAUCUCGGGUCGUCAAAAAACGUCCAUGAGUAUCAAUGGCUACCACGUAUUUGAUGACAGACUUGACGUCAAGCACCAUGAUGAAGAUCUGGUUAGAAAACUACUUAUAGGCGUUGAUGGUCGGUCAGAAGAAUACAGAGAAAUAUGUUUACCGAACAUUGAAUUUGAUCGCAAGAGGAGAAACAGGAAAUUGUGCGAUAUUAUAGAGAGCGGUCUGCUGGUCAACACACAUUCACCCACACUUCCAUUUAAUCCUCCAGACAGUCUACAGAUAUUUAGCGGAGUUACAGACAGAAUUCCUAUAUCAGGACUUGGGUGCUGGUAUUGGCAGACGAAUGUAGAUUGUACGAUGCUGGAAAAAGCUGACACAAAUAAAGUGGCAGCACAAGUUGGUGUCUGUGUAGAAGGACAUUGCGAUGAUGAGAUACAGAUUGCAAAGAACAAACACGCGUGGUGUGUUGGUGUUCACAGCUGUGCCACUCACAACAGUAUGUGUCUAAAGGCUGCAUCACGUGGACCGUAUCUGUGUGACAUCCCCAUAGCUAGACUUAAACCAAACACGAGUCUGAACAUCACACUGGGGUUACUUCUUGACACACAGAACUCCAUUCUCCACGUGGUGAACCUCAACACCAAGUCACUGGUUCACUCCAUACCAAACAUCUACACAUCACAGCCGCUGAUGCCCGUGUUUGGUGUGUACAUUCAUACAUAUUUCGACGUCAAACUGAGAGUAUCAUCCGUCACGGAUCUGUCCGUGGAUCCGGCCUCGCUGAUGUUACUCUCCAGUUUAGUUCAGCCCUGAUUAUCUCCCUCAGUUAAUCAAACGUCAGCUUUACAACUGAAUUAAAUUUACUGGCUUCUGUGGUAUCGUGGUUAAGGAUGGUAGGUACAGGGUUUGCAGCCAGGUACCGGCUCACACAUAGAGUGAGUUUUAAUGACCCAAUGGGUAAGACCACUAUACCCUCUUCUCUCUUACUAACCACUAACAACUAAUUACUAACCAGAUAGCUGAGGUGUGUGCAAAGGACAGCGUGCUUGAACCUUAGUUGGAUAUAAGCACGAAAAUAUUGAUAAACUGAAAAGAAGCAAAUUUUAUCAUAAUUAAAAUUAACUGAAAAUAUAACAUGAGUCAGUACAGUCUUCGGAAAUUAAAGUACUUGUUUUUCUUGUAACAUUAAUGUUAUGUGUAUAUAAAAUAUGUAUGUGUAAUGCUAUUUUUAUAACUAGAGAAACACGAAAUCGUCCUAAUGAAAACACUCGUGUUUCUGAUUAGUUAAUUGCAGAUUUGUUUUGACGAUUAUAUAAAGGUUAAAGAUAGCAGACGUCACAGCAGGCGUGGAUCUGCGGAAGUCAGAAAGCUUGCCGGCAUCUUUGUUUCUUUUUUUCUUUCUUUUUCUUGUGUCUCUUUCUUGUGUGUUUUGCUUGUUUUUGUAGGGGUCUCUCUCUCCUCCUCUCUCUCUCUCUCUCUCUCUCUCUCUCUCUCUCUCUCUCUCUCUCUCUCUCUCUCUCUCUCUCUCUCUCUCUCUCUCUCUCUCUCUCUCUAUCUCUCUCUCUCUCUCUGUGUGUGUGUGUAGUGUCUCUCUGUGUGUGUGUGUGUGUGUGUGUACGUGCCUUUUAUAUUUUGAUUUGGUUUCCUUUGUUUAUUAUCUUUGGUGGUAGGGUAGGCGAGGUUGUCUGCACGUGUUUCCAUGAUGGGAUUGCUCAACAUUCAUUCGUCUGGAUUAUCUUUGUUUUAUACUUUUGUGUUCUUCUAUGUUUGAUGUAACAGUUAAUGAUGAUAAUGAUGAUAUUGUGGAUCAUGUUAAUGAUGAUGAUGAUGAUGAUGGUAAGUAAUGAAUGAAUGAAUGUUUAACGACACCCCAGCACAAACAUUCACAUCGGCUACUGGGUGUCAAACAAAGUUGUGUGAUGGGAAAGAUGAUAAUGUAAAGUUACUGAUGGUGAACGUAUCUACUACUAUAAUGCUGAUAUAACGUAUUGGAGUGUAUGUAUAGAACGACCAUUCAAUAUUCUACUAUUGUGCUGAUAUGACGUACUGGAGUGCAUAUAUAGCACGACCAUUCAAUGUUCUACUAUAGCACUGAUAUAACGUAUUAGAGUGCAUGUAUAGCACGACCAUUCAAUGUUCUACUAUAGCGCUGAUAUGACGUAUUGGAGUGCAUGUAUAGAACAACCCUUCAGUGUUCUACUAUAGUUCUGAUAUAGCGUAUUGGAGUGUAUGUAUAGAACGACCAUUCAAUGUCCUAUUAUAGCGAUGAUGUAACGUAUUGGAGUGCAUGUAUAGAACGACCAUUCAAUGUUCUACUAUAGUGCUGAUAUAACGUAUUGGAGUGCAUGUAUUCAAUCCCCUUUAACAGGGUGAAUUAGUAAAAUAGUGUAAACUCCUGGGUUAUCUGCCCUUGAUUGUGAUAACUGAUUCAGAGUCAGAGAGUAAACUACUGGGCUAUCUGCCCUUGAUUAUGAUAAGUGUUUCAGUGUCAGACAGUAAACUCCUGGGUUAUCUGUCCUUGACUGUGAUAACUGUUUCAGUGCCAGAGAGUAAACUCCUGGUUUAUCUGCCCUUGAUCGUAAUAACUGUUUCAGUGCCAGAGAGUAAACUCCUGGGUUAUCUGUCCUUAUUUGUCAUAACUGUUUCAGUGCAAGAGAGUAUACUCCUUGGUUAUCUGUCCUUGGUUGUCAUAAUUGUUUCAGUGCCAGAGAGUAAACUCCUGGGUUAUCUGCCCUUGGUUAUGAUAACUGUUUUAGCGCCAGGGAGUAAACCCUUGGGUAUCUGCCCUUGAUUGUGAUAACUGUUUCUGUGCCAGAGAGUAAACUCCUGGGUUAUCUGCCCUUGAUUUUGAUAAGUGUUUUAGUGUCAGAGAGUAAACUCCUGGGUUAUCUGUCCUUGAUUGUGAUAACUGCUUCAGUGCCAGAAAGUAAACUCCGGAGUCGUCUGACCUUGGUUGUGAUAACUGUUUCAGUGCAAGAGAGUAAACUCCUGGGUUAUCUGCCCUUGAAUGUGAUAACUGUUUCAGUGCCAGAGAGUAAACUCCUGGGUUAUCUGCCCUUGGUUGUGAUAACUGUUUCAGUGGCAGAGAGUAAACUGCCCUUGGAUUAAUUUAAUUUAAUGUUGUUGCUGUUUAACGACACCACAAGAGCACAUUGAUUUAUUAAUCAUCGGGUAUUGGUUGUCAAACAUUUGGUCAUUUUGACAUAUAGUCCAAGGGAUCUUUUA